AUGUCAUCGAUUUCAAUUGUAUGUCCAUGUUGCCAUUGUGGUGAUUUGGAAACACCCGAACAGUUAUGUGAUCAUGUGUCACGUUCCCAUGGCACUCCAGCUCCCAUUCAGGAACAACUUUUUGAUGAUGGCAUGCAAUUACAGGCAUGGCUGUCAAAGGUGGAGGAUUCCCGAACAGAAGGCGGCUAUAUUGGUUCAGAAGAGGGACCGUCCGGUGAAGAUAAGGAAUACUACCUUUUGUGUCGUCGUCGCGUAUUUCCGAUGCUCAAACGACGUCGUCUUUCGGAAUCGCCUCGAUUCUAUGAAUCCGAAGGAACCACCGUGUCAUGUACAGCGUUUGUUCAUGUAAUGGAAAGAGUUGAUGGCAGCGUAUACGUACGAUUUUGUCUGGAACAUGCUGGACAUACGCCAUCAGAUCAGAUGAGAAUGUCACCGCCUACAUCGCGAAUGAGACGAAAAAGGUGUGUGGGCCGUCCUUAUUUACUGAAGCCGCUAUAUAACUGA